CUGUUCUCUGGCUGUCGACUAAAAAGCCGUGUCGUCGCGUUGCCGUGACUUGUCAUAUAACGAGAGCCGGUGCGCCGAUGUUAAUUAAAAUGGCGCACAUUAGUGUCUACCGACUUGUGUUAUUCCCUUUAUUGUGCGCCCUUCAGUGCUGCCGAUGUCUCCCCUUCGAUUUUCAAAGCACCACGGAGCCUGCGGUACUUGGGGAUCAGGCGAGUCAGGAAUGGCGGGCACUUCAUACGGAAAUGUUUCAAUUUCCGGGAAAUACUUCCCAUUCGUACUCUCGCGACGUACGGUUUCUCCAAAGAGGACCCAAGAUUUCUCGGCAGAAAAAAUAUCAAGCUUGCACCGCGCCGGGCAAUCGAGGCGGCCACUGCAAACAUUUGAGCGCAUGCCCUUCGGCGAACCGCACGUACUUUCCGCAAUUUAUGGAUUAUAUGUGCAUAAUUGAAAACACGUACGUCGGCGUGUGCUGUCCGGAUAGCGUUGGGGAAACGCGCACGAAAAAAAUAUUCUACGACGAAUUAGCCGGCAUAUUACCGGCGAUAGCGAGUCUCGACGAUGUCGAUUUCGACAUCGAGGGAGAGCUGGACGAAAGCCGCGAGAACGCGGACGAGAACGGGCCAUCUGCUAGCACGGCAGCGAACGGCGAUGCGAAUUUGGGGAAGGAUGCGACGUCGGCCAAGCAAGAGACGGGGGGACCACGAAAACCCAGAGGAUGCGGCACAACCACGAAAAUGAGGAUCAGAAUCGCGGGUGGCCAACCGGCCGACCCUCAAGAGUGGCCGUGGAUGGCAGCUCUUCUCAGACAAGGCGCGAUUCAGUAUUGCGGAGGGGUAUUGAUCACUGACAGACACGUGCUUACCGCCGCGCACUGCGUUUACAGGUACAAACCACGUGACAUCACGGUGAGACUCGGCGAGUACGAUUUUACCACGUCCGAGGAGACGCGGACGUUGGACUUCGCGGUGUCGGAGAUACGGAUACACAGGGAUUUCAAGUUGAGCACCUACGAGCACGACAUCGCCAUCAUCAAGAUCAACCGGCCCACCGCAUUUAACAGCUACAUCUGGCCCAUCUGCCUACCGCCCGUUCAACAAUCGUUUGAGAAUAAGAACGCCGUCGUUACUGGCUGGGGCACGCAAUACUACGGAGGGCCAGCUAGUACAGUGCUGUUGGAAACCGAGGUACCGGUGUGGCCCCAAGAGAGAUGCGUUCGCAGCUUCACGCAACUGAUCCCGAAUACCACUUUGUGCGCCGGUGCUUACGAAGGGGGUCGCGACGCCUGUCAGGGCGACUCCGGCGGUCCGUUGCUGCAUCAACUCGCCAACGGCAGGUGGGUCAGCAUCGGAAUAGUAUCCUGGGGGAUCCGCUGCGGCGAACCCGGAUACCCGGGGAUAUACACCCGCGUGAGCUCUUACCUCGAUUGGAUAUUCGCGAACGCCGUGUUUUGAGAAUCACGUAGCAUCAGCCGCCGCUCUCACGUGCCAAAGAUGUUUCUACUUUUAUACACUUGGAAUAGCUUCGCACUUACGUAAGGCAUCCGGGCUGAUAAGGCCGCUCCCCGAUCGGACGCCGGGGGGUGACACCGAUAGGACGAUCUUGAAAACGAUUAAACUUUAUUUUCGGAA